AUGCCUUUCUACAAAAAAGUUCAGCUUAGAGUUUUGAGUGAUUCAAAAUAUGGUCUCAAUCAAAAGGGACUAUUCGCAGUUGAAAAAAUAUACAAAGAUGAAGAGUUAAUUUACGAAUACGAUCCGUUGGUCGAAGAAUGGCCAUUUUAUCCUGAUAAUGAUAAACGAGGAAAAUAUACCAAAGCAGAAUUAUGCAAGUUGAUUGAAUAUAACUCAAAAUUAAGCAAACUUAUCUAUUAUCAAGCUUACAAUGUUGACGAUGAUUUAUUCAACGUUCCAUUCAAAUAUGCAAAUAUGGAUUCUGAUAGUGUUGAUGAUUGCGAAAAACGUUUCCACCAAAAGCUACUAAUGAAUCAUUCUUGUGAUCCAAAUGCUGGCUUCGUUCAAGGUCGAAAAUGCUAUGCAUUUCGAGACAUUGAUAUUGGCGACGAAAUAACACAGCAUUAUGGGUGUAUAGGUACCGAAAAAUCUUUUUAUGUCGGAUUAAAAUGUCAAUGUGGAUCAAAAGAUGAAUGUCAACAAAUUCUUCGCAUGGAUUUUUAUAAGGAUUUAGUAUGGCGACAGAAAUAUGAGCCAUAUUGCGUUCCCUAUGUUAAAAAGAAGAUCCAAGAAUUACUAAACAACGACGAAACAAUUGCUGAGAGUACUGUAAUCGAUCAGCAAUUGUCCAUGACCAGUGCUAGUAUGUUUUGGCUCAAUGCUCUUCAUGGUUAUAAGUUUGAUCAAUCUCUACCAUUACCAUAUGAUCGAUACCGUCUUGAGGGUGAAAAACGAACUGAACGUGGAGUAUCUGUUUCCUUCGAUCUCAGUAAAGAUUUCUCACAUCACUUUCUUUGCUACGUAUCAUCAAUGAAUAUAAAACCUGAACAUCUUGUAUUUGCCACUUAUUAUGCUUUUAUAUUCAAGUUAACAAGUGGAGAGAAAGAUUUAUGUGUUGCCAUUAAUAAGAAUAGUCAAUAUAGAGACGAAUUUAAAACAAUGAUUGGUUUCAUCGAAAAUGUUGUUCCAUUACGAUGUCAAUUAGAUCCUCAUUGGUCUUUUCAACAAUUGAUUGAACAUGUUUGUGAGAUAGUAACGAGUACUAUAAAGUAUUCUUAUUUUCCUCUUCAAAGCAUUCUUGCUCAAUACUCCAAUACUGCAAAGCCUGCGUUUCUAGACACAAUAUUCGAAUUUCUCUCAUAUGAAAAUUACAAUAUGAAGAAUGAAGUAAUGAUUGGUGAUGAUCGAGUUCAUGCUAUGUCAACAAGCUCAAUCCAAAUUAGUGACGGAAAAAUCAAGAACAAGUUUGAUUUUUCUCUUACGAUUCAACAUAAUCUCGAAACUAAUCAACUCUCCUGCACAAUCGAUGCAUCACUUGACUUAUUCAAUCUUGAUACUAUCGAGAAGAUUGCACAACGAUUUCAUUUCAUAGUAAAUCAAUUAUCUGCAUCUAUGAUUGAUAAUCAAAUGAACAAACCUAUCUUUGAAUUAUCAUUAUUAUUAUCAAAUGAGCAAUAUAUGAUGCAAUCACUGAAUAAUACACAAAUAUCUUUUCCAUCUCCUCUCAUUUGUAUUCAUUAUGAAUUUGUUUGUCAAGUGACGAGAGGUACACAAAAACUAGCUGUUGAACUAGAUGAACAAUCGUUGACAUAUUGUGAACUAUUAUAUUAUGUUCAGCUGUUAUCUUUGAAUCUUGUGAAUGAACAUAGAUUGGUCCCAGGUGAGGUAAUUUGUCAAUGUGUAGAACGAAGUUUAUCAAUGGUGAUUGGCAUGAUGGCAAUUGAAAUGGCUGGUGGUGUUUAUUGUCCAUUGUCAUCUCGAGAUCCACAACAUCGUUUACAUGCACUCACACAACAAACUCAAAGCCGUCUUGUUCUUGUUCAUCAUUUAACUACGACGAAAUUGAAUCAUGAUAUUGUUGCGCUUGAUAUUGAUUCAAUAUUAAAUGUUAAUAAUAUGGUUAGUGACAUUAAUUAUAAUUGCCUUUCAAGUGUGAAAAUGAAAGGUGGAGAAAUAGCCUAUAUUAUUUUCACUAGUGGUUCAUCUGGAAUUCCGAAAGCGGUUCAACUAAAACAGCAGAAUUUCAUCAAUUCAAUACUGGGUUUCGUUCAGAUGGAUGCACUUCACGAAAAUGACACUGUAAUUCAAAUAGCUAGUUCAACCUUUGACGCGCAUGUACAGGAAAUUGUAGGAUCUCUAAUCUGCGGUGCAACAGUGAUCAUUCUACACCCACAAGGAAAUAUGGAUUUUCAAUAUAUGAACCAUAUUUUACAUGACAAACAAGUGACAUAUCUGGUAGCGGUUCCGACUUAUCUCAAUCAUUUAUGUGACUUCCUGAAACAAAAUAGAUUUCCUCCAUGGAUACUAAUGAGAAAUAUUUGCUGCGUCGGUGAAUCUGUCUCAUCAGCUUUCAUCAAAUUACUGAUGCAGUUUGUUGCCGUAGCCUGUCGAAUUUGGAAUUUUUAUGGUCCUGCGGAAGCCACACUUGGAACUACAUGUCACUUAAUUGAUGUGACCUCUCACAUGCAUGAUCUUCCAAUUGGCAAACCACUACCUCAUUACAUAUGCUUAUCUCUAAACAACUUCUUGCAAUCUGCUAUGAUUCAAGAAGAAGGAGAACUACUAGUGGGAGGAGUAGGUGUGUUUGCUGGGUAUCUCAGACGUGAUGAUUUAACUACAAAAGCUCUUGUUGAAAUAGAUGGUCAACUAUUUUAUCGAACAGGUGAUCUUGUUAGAAUAGAUAACAAUGGUCUUCUUCAUUAUCAAGGAAGAAAAGAUCAUCAAAUCAAAUUACAUGGACAACGAAUUGAACUUGGUGAAAUCGAACGAUGUUUACUCAACAUUACAUCUAUAUCUACUUGUGUUGUCAUGAAAUGGAAUGAUGACUAUUUAGUUGCUUAUGUUCAAAGUUCUGAUACUAAUGAGCAGAAAUUGCGUCAACAUUGUCAAUCUCAUCUUCCACCACAUAUGAUUCCUUCAAUAUUCAUGAUACUUGAUAAAUUACCUUUGAAUGCAAAUGGAAAAAUAGAUCGAAAACUACUUCCUUCACCUCACUUCUCAUCUGCACAUCUCACAAACAGUACAGAACUAUUACUACCAACAAAUUAUAUUGAAGUUAGCAUUCAUCAUAUCUGGUGUGAGAUAUUCAAACUAAAUCAAAUCUCAACUAAUACAAAUAUAUUUACUAUUGGUGGUCAUUCACUACUUAUCAUGCAACUAUUUCAUCGAUACAAGAUCGAGUUUUAUUUAGAAACAAAUACUCUUUCUAUUUCUAAUCUAUUUCAACGUCCAACAAUUAUUCAUCAUGCUCAACUCAUUCAACAUUCUAUCAAUAUCAUCUGCACUGUGGAUGAUUAUUCUUGGUCUUCCUUACAUCUCACUCAAGCGGGAGCAUCAUUUGCACAAGAACGGAUCUAUUUAGAUGAACAAAUUCGUUUUUCAUCCAACAACACAACGAUUAAUAAUAUGUAUGUUAUUCCAUCACUUUAUCGUAUAUCAUCUAUGAAUGAUCAUUUAUCUAUUUCACGAUUACAUCAUGCAUUCGAAAGUGUUAUCAAAAAACAUAAUAUUCUUCGAACAGCACUCUGUCUUGAUACAAAUGGUAAUAUUAUGCAGCACUGUUUAGAUGGAAAUAUCAUUCUCAAUGAUGAUAUGAAAUCAUAUGGUUUGACAAUCGCUAAUAUUUAUAAUGGUGAUCGUCGUCACAUGAAUGAAGUUAUUGAGGAAAUAUUAAGUCAAUCUAAUUUAUUUGAGUUAUCAAAAGGACACGUUAUUAAUUAUCGUAUUCUUCGUCAUAACCAAUCAAAUCAUUCAUUUUCUAAUAAUGAGGAUCAGUUGACUAAAGAUGAUCUAAUAUUAUUUACCAUUCAUCAUGCUUGUUUUGAUGGAGCAUCGACAUCCAUUUUCCUUCGUGAUCUUUCUCUUGCUUAUCAAUCUGAUGGCUCAUUAUCUGUGGAUGAUAACGCAUUGAAUUAUAUAGAUUAUUCUGUGUAUGAACAUAUCAUGGAUAUGUCAUUAUCUCGUGAAUUCUGGCAUUCUCAGCUCGAAGGAUAUAACAUCGAAUGUUCAUUAUUAUUACCAGCGGAUCGACAACGUUCAUCAACUAAUCAACAACGAACAGGUUUAGCAUCCACAGCUGAAAUCACUUUUGAUAACGAAUUAUGCACAUCAUUUCUUAACUAUGCAUCAUCACAUCAUCUCACACUCUUUCAACUUGGAUUAUCUAUAUUCUAUGUUCUCCUAUUCAAAUUAACUCAUGGUGAGACUGAUUUAUGCAUUUCUUCUAUCAAUGCUAAUCGAUUUCGAAGUGAACUAGUGAAUAUGAUAGGAAUGUUUGUUUCAACAUUACCAUAUCGCCUAGAAAUUGAUUCUCAUUGGUCAUUUGAUGAGCUAGUUCAACAUGUACGGGAGAAAUGUUUAUCAAUUCUUGAACAUUCUCAUUAUCCAUUACAACAUAUUCUUGAUGACAAUCGAUCAAAUCAGUCGAAUGUGUCAUUUCUUGAGAUAAUGUUUGAUUUUAUUAGUGUGUCAAAAGAUAUGGAACAUUUAUGUUUCAAUGAUGCAAAUUUAGAACGAAUAUCAUUAGAACAAUCAACUGAAGUGUCUAAAUUUGACUUCUCAUUAACAUUUGAAUAUAAUCCAUUAUCAGAUAACAAGAGAUUAUCAUGUUGUUUUGUUUGUUCACGGGAUCUAUUUGAAAAAUCAACUGUUUCACAAAUAGCUCAAAGAUUUCACUAUAUGUUUCAGCAAUUGUUUCAAACACAAUCGAGCAACACUCCUGUAAUGAAUGUGAGUUCAUCGAUUAACAAACUGUCUCUUAUUCUUCCUGAGGAAACUGAAGAAAUGAAAUUGGUAGUGUUUCAUCGAUUGAAGAAUAUUUUGAAUGAAGCACCAGCAUCAUUUGCACAAGCUCGUAUAUGGCUUGAUGAAAGAAUUCGAUUCGAUCCAGAAAAACCUCAAACAGCAAUCUAUAAUAUGCCUUUUGUUUAUCGUCUGCAACAAGGUCAUACUUUAUCGAUUAAACAACUUCGUCAUGCUCUUCAUCUCACUGUUAACAAACAUCCGUCACUUCAUACAUCACUUCAUUUUGACAACGAAAAGAAUCUACUUAUGCAACGAGUUAUUACUCAUGAACAUGAAAAUAAUAAUGAUAAUAUGUUUUCAAUCAUCCAAACUACUUAUGAAACAGAUCAACAACUCAAUGACAUUUUACAUGACGAGAGACGCAAUCCUCCUGUUUUUGAUCUUGCUCAAGGUCUUGUCUUUCGAUGUCAUCUUGUUUACUACAAACAAAUCUCUUCAAAUCAACUUCUUUCUGACAAAGAUCUACUUAUUUUCAACUUUCAUCAUGCUCUAUUUGAUUUUCCAUCAAUGAAUAUCUUUCUUCAUGAUCUCAAUCAAGCAUAUACAACAGAUCAAUUAUUAUAUGAUGACAACACUAAUCUUCGUUAUCUUGAUUAUGCUGUUAUUGAACAACAAAUGUCAAUGACUGGCGCAAGUAUGUUUUGGCUUGAUGUUCUUCAUGAUUGUAAACUCGAUCAAUCAUUACCGUUACCAUUUGAUCGACAUCGUCUCUUAAAUGAACAUCGAACUGGUCGUGGAACGUCUAUUUCAUUUGGUUUUGGUCAAGAUCUCUCAUAUGCCUUUCUUACUCACGCAUCAUCAGCUAAUAUAUCACUGGAACAACUUGCACUUGCUACUUAUUAUAUGUCUUUAUUCAAAUUAACGAAUGGAGAAAAAGAUUUAUGCAUUGGAAUAAAUACACAUGGUCGAUAUAGAAACGAACUUCACUCUAUCAUUGGAAUGUUCGUGAACGCUAUACCUUUGCGAUGUCAACUCGAUCCUCAUGCACCAUUUCAUGAUAUUACUAGGAACGUUCACGAUAAUAUGAUAAACUGUAUGAAGUAUUCUUAUUUUCCUCUUCAACGUAUUCUCAAUCAACAUCCAAAUAUAUCAAAUCCUGUAUUUCUUGACACAUCAUUUGAAUUUAUAUCAUCUAUGACAACAGAUGAGGAAGACGAAAUAAUGAUUGGUGACAGUCGACUUUCUUUAAUACCUUUUUCAAUUAAGAUUAGUGAAAAUGAAAUAAUGAGUAAAUUUGAUUUCAUUCUUAGUUUUCAACAUGAUCUGAAUCUAAAUGAAUUCUCAUGCACCAUUAAUGCUUCACUCGAUUUAUUUAAUGUUGAAACAGUUAGCAUAAUUUCACAAAGAUUACAGACAAUGUUACAUCAACAAUUCACAUCUUUUGGUUCUACAGCAAAUAAACCUAUCUAUGAAUUAUCAUUAAUACUAUCAAAUGAACAAUAUCUAAUGCAAUCAUUAAAUAACACACAAAUAUCAUUUCCAUCUGCUUCCACUUGUAUCCAUCAUGAAUUUGUGUAUCAAGUAAUGAAACAUCCACAAAAACUAGCUGUUGAGCUUGAUGAACAAUCAUUGACAUAUUGUGAACUAUUGCAUUAUGUUCAAGUUUUAUCUUUAACUCUUCUUAAUGAAUAUCAUGUGUUUCCAGGUAAGGUGGUGUGUCAAUGUGUUGAGCGAAGUUUGUCAAUGGUGAUUGGUAUAAUGGCAAUUGAAAUGGCUGGCGGUGUUUAUUGUCCAUUAUCAUCUCGAGAUCCACAACAUCGUUUGCAUGCACUCACACAACAAACACAAAGUCAUCUUGUUCUUGUUCAUUAUUUAUCUAAGACCAAAUUCGAUGAUAAUAUUAUUUCACUUGAUAUUGAUUCAAUAUUAAUUAUGAAUGAUCUUAAAAGUGACAUGGAUUAUGAUUGUCUAUCAAGUGUGAUAGCUAAAGGUGAAGAAGUAGCCUACAUUAUUUUUACUAGUGGUUCAUCUGGAAUUCCGAAAGCGGUUCAACUGAGACAGCAAAAUUUUAUCAACUCAUUAUUAGCUUUGGUUUAUAUUGAUACACUACACAAAAAUGAUAUUGUAAUUCAAAUAGCUAGUGCGAUGUUCGACGCGCAUCUGCAGGAAAUUGUAGGAUCUCUUAUCUGCGGUGCAACACUAGCCAUGCUACAUCCACAGGGUAAUAUGGAUUUUCAAUAUAUCAAUGGUAUUUUACAUGACAAACAAGUGACAUAUCUGGUAGCGGUUCCGAGUUAUCUCAAUCAUUUAUGUGACUUCCUCAAACAAAACAGAUUUCCUCCAUGGAUACUAAUGAGAAAUAUUAACUGCGUCGGUGAAUCAGUGUCGUCAACUUUCAUCAAAAUACUGAUGCGGUUUGUCGCCAAAUCCUGUCGAAUCUGGAAUCUUUAUGGUCCUGCGGAAGUCACACUUGGAACUUCAUGUUACCAAAUUGAUGUGACCUCUCACAUAAAUGAUCUUCCCAUUGGCAGACCAUUACCUCAUUAUAUAUGCUUAAUUCUAAACAACUUCUUACAACCUGUUAUGAAUCAGAAAGAAGGAGAACUACUAGUGGGAGGUGCAGGCGUCUUUGCUGGUUAUCUUGGACGUGAUGAUUUGACAGCAAAAGCUCUUAUUGAAAUAGAUGAUCAACUAUUUUAUCGAACAGGUGAUCUUGUUAAAAUGGAUAAUAAUGGUCUUCUUCAUUAUCAAGGAAGAAAAGAUCAUCAAAUCAAACUUCAUGGACAAAGAAUAGAACUUGGUGAAAUCGAACGAUGUUUACUUAACAUCACAUCCGUAACUGCUUGUGUUGUCGUGAAAUGGAAUGAUGAUCAUUUAGUCGCUUAUGUUCAAAAUUCUGACAUUAACGAACAAGAAUUGCGUGAACAUUGUCAAUCUCAUCUUCCAACACAUAUGAUACCACCCAUAUUUGUUAUACUUGACAAAUUACCUUUGAAUCAAAAUGGAAAAAUAGACAGAAAUCAACUUCCUUCACCCGACUUUUCUUUACCGACUUUGCUAUCGUCGAAUAAAUCUGAUACACCUCUGAAUCAGUUCGAAGAACGUAUACAUACCAUUUGGUGUCAAGUUCUCCAUUGUGAUGAAAGUCACAUUUCUACAACUACCAGUUUUUUUAGUGUCGGUGGUCAUUCACUUUUAUUUAUCCAACUUUAUCAUCAUUAUCAAUCAACAUUUAACUUUGAUGCUCAUGCACUUUCGAUUGCUCCAUUUCUUCAACAACCGACUAUAUUUCAACAUUCACAACUACUUCAAAUAGUCAUAACGAAUAGUAUCAAGACAACACAAUGGUACACCUUACAUAUAAAUGAAGGUGUUGCCUCUUUUGCUCAAGAACGUAUUUUUCUCGAUGAACAAGUUCGUUUUUCGAGUGAUAUUGCUGUCUAUAAUGAACUGAUUACUUUACAAAUUGUUCAAGGAUCAUUAUCGUUAAAUCGUUUAUUACAAGCAUUUCGAUUUGUUUUGAAUAAACAUAAAAUAUUACAUACAUCUCUUAUAUUUAACAAUAAUGAUGGUAUUUUGAGACAAUGUAUUACCGAUAUACAUAAAGCAUUCACAAUAACUAUCAAUCAAACAUUUCAAAAUGACAAUGAACUUCGAGAUAUUAUUUAUCAAACAACUAUUAAUCCUACUCUCUUCGAUUUAUCAACUGGUCAUGUUUUUCAUGCUGAAAUUCUGAGACAUCAGAUAUCAUUAAAUGAAAAUGGAAAUAAUAGCAAUGAGUUCAUAACUAAUUCUGAUGUUUUCCUCAUUGCUUUUCAUCAUGCAGCAUUUGAUCGAACAAGUCGUUCAAUCUUUUUUAAUGAUUUAUGUUCAGCGUAUGAUACUAAUGCAACAUCGAUAGAAGAUAAUGAUGAAUCAUUGCAAUAUAUAGAUUAUAGUAUAUAUGAACGUCUAAUUGAUAUGACAACAUCUCGUGAGUUUUGGUAUUUGCAAUUAGAAGAAUACAAUUUGGAAUCUCGAUUGUCAUUACCAGUUGAUCGACAUCGUUUGUCUAAUGAUCAUCGAUCGAGUUCUGCUUCUGCUACUCAAAUCUCUUUUGACAAUGAGAUUUCACAAUUAUUUCUUGAUUAUGCUUCUAUACAUCAUGUGACACUAUUUCAAUUGGGUUUGAGUAUAUUAUAUGCUUUUCUUUUCAAGUUAGCACACGGUGAAAAUGAUUUAUGUAUUUCGUGUCUUAAUGCUAAUCGAUACAGAACAGAACUACAGAAUAUAAUGGGAAUGUUUGUUUCAACACUACCAUAUCGUGCUCAACUUGAUCUUCAUUGUUCAUUUGAUGAACUUGUUAAAUAUGUAAGAGAAAAAUGUUUAUCAAUUCUUGAACAUUCUCAUUAUCCACUUCAACAUAUUCUUGCUAAUUUACAAAUUAAUCAAUCAAAUAUUUCAUUUCUUGAAACAAUGUAUGACUUUAUUACUAUAUCGUCGCACAACGACGAAUUAUCCUUGGAUGGAGCAAGUUUCAAACAAGUGUUCCUAGAACGAUCGUUUGAAGUGGCUAAGUUUGAUUUUAUGUUAAUGUUUGUCUACAAUCCAAUGUUGGAACAUAAUAGAUUAUCAUUUUAUUUAACUUGUUCACAUGAUUUAUUUGAUGAGAUUACAGUUACAAAUAUAGGUCGAAGACUAGAAUAUUGUCUUCAACAACUUUUUUCAUCGAAUGAAACUAUCAAUCGAAUUGAUACAUGUUUUACAUCUAUAUCGAAAAUUAAUCUUAUUCUACCAGAAGAAACUGAAGAAAUAGAAGAUAUUAUGUUACGUCGACAAUCACAUAUUAUAAACGAAGCACCAGCAUCACUUGCACAAAUCCGACUGUGGCAUAAUGAAUCUGUUCAUUUCACUUCUGACAUAUCACAAAUACCAAUCUGUAACAUGGCCUUUGUAUAUCAGCUACACUAUCAUCAUAAUUUAUCGUUACAACAUUUUCGUUAUACUCUUCAACUAAUCGUUACCAAACAUGAAUCACUUCAUACAUCACUCAUCUACGAUUCCAACAAAAAUAUACUCAUGCAGAGAGUUCUCAUUCAACAAGAUAUCAAUAAUGACAUGUUCACAAUUACUCAAAGCACUUAUGAAACAGAUGAACAACUCAAUCGCAUCAUCGAAAAUGAGAAAUGUAAUCCUCAACUUUUCGAUCUUGCUCAAGGUCUUGUCUUUCGAUCUCAUAUUGUUUACCAUAAACAAAUCUCUUCAAACAACAUUCUUUCUGAUAAAGAUAUAAUUAUCUUCAAUUUUCAUCAUGCUUUCUUUGAUUAUCCAUCAAUGAACAUAUUUCUUCAUGAUCUCAACCAAGCUUACAAAACAGGUCAACUCACAACUGAUAAUAAUACUAUUCUACGUUAUAUCGAUUAUGCUUUUAUUGAACAACAAAUGUCAAUGACUGGUGCAACUAUGUUUUGGCUUGAUACACUUUAUGAUUAUCAUCUCGAACAAUCUUUAUCAUUACCAUAUGAUCGAUAUCGUCUUAUGACCGAACAUCGAACUAAUCGAAUAACAUCUAUUUCUUUUGAUUUUGGGCAAGAUCUUUCCCAUCAUUAUUUUCUCUAUGCAUCAUCAAACAAUAUCAAACAUGAACAUCUAGCACUUGCUCUUUACUUUAUCUUCUUAUUUAAAUUAACGAAUGGUGAAAAAGAUUUAUGUAUUUCAAUGAACAUUGAUAAUCGUUUUAGAGAUGAACUCAAAUCCAUAAUUGGACUGUUUGAGAAUGUCAUUCCACUACGAUGUCAACUAGAUCCCCAUUGGACUAAUCAUUAUCUAUUCAAUUAUGUUCGAGAGAUGACAACAAAUAGUAUGAAAUAUUCAUAUUUUCCUCUUCAACGUAUUCUCAGUCAACAUCCAAAUGUUUCAAAACCACCAUGCCUUGAUAUAUCAUUUGAAUUUUUAUCAUCGAUGACAAGAAGGGAUAAUAAACUAAUAAUGAUUGGUGAUAGUCAACUUUCUUCAGUACCCUUCACAAUGAAUAUUAAUGAUAAUGUGAUUACAGAUAAGUAUGAUUUCUCACUUCUAAUCCAACAUGAUAUCCAUAUCAAUCAACUCUCAUGCACAAUCAAUGCAUCACUUGAUUUAUUCAAUGUAGAAACAAUUGAUAAGAUAUCUCAACGAUUUCAUUCGAUCUUGAAACAAUUAUUUACAUCUGUUGAUGACCAAAUAGAGAAAUCAAUCUAUGAAAUAUCAUUAACAUUACCAAAUGAAAGAUUACUCAUGCAAUCAUUGAAUAAUACACAAGUAUCAUUUUCAUCUCCUGUCACUUGUAUUCAUCAUGAAUUUGUAUGUCAAGUAAUGAAACAUCCACAAAAACUAGCUGUUGAACUUGAUGAAC